CUCCUUCCCCUCCUGGCCCCGCCCCUCCCUCCCGGGGCGCCAUGCUCAUCACGCUCUGCUACCUGUACCUGUGGGCGCGCUGGGGGCCCUACUCGGUGGGGCUCGUCCGCCGCACGGUGAGGAGGCUCUACCGCACCCGCUGCUCCUUCACCUUCUGCUGCUGCUCCUCCUCUUCUUCCAGCGGCCAAACCCUGCCGCAUCAGGCCCGGCGCCGCCGCCCCCAACGCCCGCGCCUCAAGUCAGGCCCUCCCCGCCCCCCAGAAGAGGGAGCCUGCCUCAGGGCGGGAGACAAGGUGUUCUUCGCCGGAGAGACCAAGUUCCUUGAUGAUUUAAGCAAAUGGACAUUGCUAAUUGUAUCACCUUUCAGUUAUUUGGAUAAAAUAUUUGAAGCGGAACACAUUGCAUUUGUGACAGAAAGUAUUUCUGUUCAAGCAGAUAAUUCAAAGUCUAUAACUUCUUCAGCAGAGAAGGUUGUGAAGUGGUCAGACUUCUGUUCGCCUUUGGCCUUUAAAACUGGAGAACCUUAUAUAUUAUUUGCUGAGGCCAGCAUAGAUAACUUCAGUAGUCUUGGAAUAGCAUUCAUGGAAGAUAGACUCCAAAUGGAUAACGGAAUGGUUCCUCAAAAAAUUAUGUCUGUGCACCUACAGAUGUCAACACUGGAAGAAUUAGACCAAUCAUCAAGUGUCAAAAAAGAAGGAAAUGCUAAUCAGAUGCAGCAUGGAAAAUGGACUCAAGAGCCUCCCUCUGAGACAGCUGAAAAAACAGAAAUAAAAACUGCUGAUCAUACAGUUGGUGAUGAGGAAGAGGAGAAAAGAACAGAAUAUCCUGAAAAACUUGAGCAUGUAUCUGAAAAAGAGGCGGAUACUGGUGAACAUCAUCACCUGCAUCUUUCUAGCUGCCACGAGUGCUUAGAACUGGAGAACAGCACAAUUGAGUCUGUUAAAUUUGCUUCUGCAGAAAACAUUCCAGAACUUCCUGAUGAUUACAGUUGCAACUUGGAAGGUGUUAAUAGUGACUGUCCAACAGAAUAUCUGAAAAGAAUAAACCUUACUGGAAAGCCUCCUAAUAUUUUAGUCUAUAUUGGUUCUGACACUGAAAAAGUGAAAUUUGAAGAAAUAAAAUCAGUCAUUUUGGAAUGUAUUGAUUUUAACUCGUAUGCUGUCUACCAGUUGUUAGAAAAACAUGUAUUGAGUGUUCCUUGGCUUCACAAUGCACUACUAUUAAUCAUUGCUACAUCAGAGCCUAUCCCAGAUGCAGUAUCUAAACAAUUUUUAACUUUCAUGUCAAAUGGUGGGAAAAUUUUGGGACUUUCAUCUUCUUUCACUUUUGGUGGCAUAUGUGUAAAGAGUAAAACAGAAUUAAUUGGCACAGUUCAAGCUUUUGUGUUUUCAAAUGCUGAAAACAGUGAAAUUAAACUCAAUGUGCUAGCUAGUGGGAAAAUAUUUGAGAAAGAAAUUAUGGAAGAACUUAACAUUCUGAAGCCACUAGGUUUCUUGGACAGUCCAGAUAAAGAUAUGAUGAUCAUCCACCUGCUGUAUGGAAAUGAUGGAGGAGAAGCCAUACUUUGUCAGGCACAUUUAGAGGUUAAUAUCCAAAAUUUGUCUAACAGAUCAAAAGAUGACUUCAAUUUGCUCAAAUUAAGCAAUGCUAAAAGAUACGAAGUUCUUACCAAUAUACUGACCCAACUUGGUUUGACUUGUCAAAUGAGUGAAGUUCCUCCAUUAACUCCUAUAUACCUCCUUUCAACAAAUAAGGAAAACCACAGUUCUCUUCUGGAAUGGCUUGAAGCAAAUGUGAAUGCAGCAGGAUUAAUUACUUCCAGCAAAGUAUCCCUUAAGUUUAUAUCAUCUUGCAGCAUGGAGACAGAAAUAACACCCUCAUUUAUGCCAGUCAUCACUGAGAUGAAAGAUUUCUCAUCUGUCCAUUUCAGCCUCGACCGAUAUAAGCAGAAUCUACAUACACAGAAUCUUGGGAAAGUGGUUCUAUUUACUGAGGUUACAUCAAGCACGAUGGAUCUGCUUGAUGGGUUGAUAUAUAAGAUACCACAGGAAAUCGGUCUUAUAGCAAUUGCUGUUCAACAGACUCAAGGGAAAGGUCGUGGUGGAAAUGCUUGGCUGAGUCCUGUGGGAGCUGCUUUAUCCACCUUUAAUAUCACCAUUCCUUUAACAUCCCAACUGGGACAAAGAAUUCCAUUUAUUCAACAUCUGGUUUCUUUAGCAGUUGUGGAGGCUGUUAGAUCCAUACCUGGGUACCAGGAUAUUGAUCUUCGAGUGAAAUGGCCAAAUGAUAUUUAUUACAGUGAUCUUAUGAAGCUUGGUGGUGUUCUAGUGAAUUCCACACUAACUGGAAAUACAUUCCACAUACUUAUUGGCUGUGGAUUUAACGUGAAUAACAGCAAUCCUACGCUAUGCAUCAAUGAUCUCAUUAUUGAGCACAAUAAGACAAAGAAUACAAAUUUAAAACCCUUAAGUGCUGACUGUCUAAUUGCAAGAAGUGUGACAGUGCUGGAAAAUCUGAUCAGUACUUUUCAAGAGAAAGGACCAAAUGGCGUUCUUCCCUUGUAUUAUAAGUACUGGAUACAUAGUGGUAAACAAGUCCAGUUAGGAAGCGAUGAAGGGCCAAUGGCUUGGAUCGUUGGAGUAGAUGAUUCUGGAUUCCUGCAAGUUCACGAGGAAGGCAAAGGCGUAGUAACUGUGCACCCAGAUGGCAAUUCUUUUGACAUGCUGAGAAACCUUAUAAUUCCAAAGCAGCGAUAAUUUCUCAGUCUGGUGAAACAGCUGCUUGCUUAGAAGACCUUUUUGUGUUCAGCACUUAAAGUUAUGAUACAUCGGUGGGGGUCAUGUAUCAACCACAAGGAUAGAAACAAAGGCUGGAGGAUGGAAAUGAUGUGCACUAAGCUAAACCCUGCGCUGUACAAUAUUUAAUUGUUCUAAAUUCACUGUCUGACAACAUGGGAUUUGGUAAUGUUCAUGUUUUGUUUUGCAUUUUUACCUUCCAUUUGGGAGAAGCUUGUCAGCAUGAGUUCUAAUUUUUGGCAUGAAAAACCUAACAAGAAUUUCCUCCUGAAGUCUGUGUUAGCCUGUUACCGCAGAUUCUCAAUACUCUUUCUUACAGUAUAUCUAUACAAUUUAUAAUACUUUGCUAGACAUUUAUUAAGGGAUAUGGGGAUAUGUUCUAGUCCUUUAUUAAGGGAUAUGUUUCAUUUCAUAGUAUGUAAGAUAUCAAGGUAAAAUAAUGGACAUGUGAUUUUACGAUGCCCUGAUUUGGUGUAGGGUUUAACUACAAAUAAAUGUGGGGUGGGUUGUUUUUUUUAGAUUUGAUUUCAUACCCAUUCCUUUCACUCUCCUCCAAAUCAGUGCUGAAAAGAGAUUGGGACUUUUUAGAAAGGGCUUUGAA